GGCACCCAAGGAUCUCAUCCUGCCCAGAACAGCUCCUUCCAGUUUCUUUGCAGAUUUGCACUCCAGAAGACGGGGGUUUGUCUUUGAUUGGACACGUUGUGAAGAUGCUGCAGGCCCUGCAUGAACGCAACAGGGAAAGAAUGCCCCAUUGUUCUUCCUUGGUGUUGUUUCUGUUUGACAUGUACUUGACACCACUGCUGGAAAACUAGGCUCGAGAGUGGCACCGGCAGCCCCACGCCACCGCUCAGUUUUUUGGAGAGGAGUUGGGUGGACUUCCUAAUUGCCACAUGCAGCUUACUGGGUGAAAAUAGCAGCUUGGGCUUGAGUGGAACUUUGGAAAAAGCUGGAAACUGGAAAAGGUGCUUUCUGUAGCCGAUCCCUGAAUAGCAGUCAGCCGUUCCACAGUGCCUCGGACUCGUGCUGGGGUUGCUCCUCUCCGAAGCGCAGGCGCUCUUCCUCUCUUCUUCUUCAGGCAGUGCAGCUCAGCCUCCCUGGCUUGUUUCAAUACCGCUGCACAUAUUUGUAAGGCCGCUUCUUCUUUCCUGAGUGCAAAGGGAUAGCUGGGGAUAGCGGCUGCCUGCAGCGGCUGAGAUGCCGCACUCUGAAUCGAGGCCGGAUGUUACUGGCCAGUCUCCUUGGCGCAACUGAGUCACCAGCAUGGAGUGCCUGCAUUCUGAUAUUCUUGCACACUGCCGCCCCGCUUGUCCAGGAGCACGAUACCUUCUCCUUUGCCCUGGAUCAGAGGCUUCCGGUUGCUUCCGGUCUACAAAAGUCUUUGGAGCCUUUUUGUAAAGGGGAUCUUCCUCUUGAAACCUUCUAGGAGGGUGUUCUGGUUUGCGGAGGCUUUCCGAAGGGAUGUUCUAAAAGGAAAUGCAUGCGCAUGUGCUCUCGCUUUGGAUUGAAAGGCAGGAAGUGGUGGGAGGGGCCACGGCAGAGGGGCUGCCCGCAAGUGCACGGGGCUGAAGGACCAAGUUGCAGGUAGCAUCUCUCUGGAGGCAGAAGGAUGGAAGAGAGCGGUUGAGCACCGAGGACUUGCUGCUGCUGGCACCGGGAUCCAAGGGGACAAUGUGGCGCCUUUACAGAGGGGAGAGAGAGUUGAAUGCCCACCUGGUGUGCCAGAUGUGCUGUGUCGAUGAACGGGAUCGUGUCCAGAAGAAGACGUUCACCAAAUGGGUGAAUAAGCACCUAAUGAAAGUGCGCAAGCACAUCAAUGACCUCUACGAGGACCUGCGAGAUGGUCACAACCUGAUAUCCCUCUUGGAGGUCCUUUCAGGUGUCAAACUGCAAAAGGAAUUCUCAGGGCAGAAGAGCUUUCGGCUGGUGAGGCGACCAUCCUGGUGUCGCUCGAGCAGCGAGGAAUGCGAGGAGGCGGCAGAGGAUGGUGACGCACCACGGGAGAAGGGCCGGAUGCGGUUCCACCGACUACAGAAUGUGCAGAUCGCCCUCGACUUCCUGAAACAGCGACGGGUGAAGCUGGUGAACAUCCGCAACGAUGACAUAACAGAUGGCAACCCCAAGCUGACCCUGGGCCUGAUCUGGACGAUCAUCUUGCACUUCCAGAUCUCCGACAUCUACAUCAGCGGAGAGUUAGGGGACAUGUCUGCCAAAGAGAAGCUGCUUCUGUGGACGCAGAAAGUGACGGCAGGUUACGUUGGAGUCAAGUGCACCAACUUCUCGUCCUGUUGGAGUGAUGGGAAGAUGUUCAAUGCUAUUAUCCACAGAUACAGGCCGGAUCUGGUGGACAUGGAGAGAGUGCAGAUUCAGAGCAGCCGAGACAACCUGGAACAGGCCUUCGAGAUCGCUGAGCGACUCGGAGUCACCAGACUGCUGGAUGCAGAAGAUGUCGAUGUUCCCUCACCUGAUGAAAAGUCCGUGAUAACUUACGUGUCUUCAAUCUACGAUGCCUUUCCCAAAAUCCCGGAGGGAGGAGAAGGGAUCAGCGCCACGGAAGUGGACACGCGGUGGUUGGAGUACCAGAAUCACGUGGAAACGCUGAUCUCCUGGAUCAAGCAGCACACGAUAAUGAUGUCUGACAAAUCUUUCCCCCAGAACCCUGUAGAGCUCAAGGCACUUUAUAACCAAUAUAUCCACUUCAAGGAAACAGAAAUCCCAGCAAAACAGCAAGAAAAAGGAAGCAUUGAGAAAUUGUAUAAGCUGCUUGAGACCUGGAUUGAAUUUGGCCGCAUUAAGCUGCCACAGGGCUACCACCCCAAUGACGUGGAGGAAGAGUGGGGCAAGCUCAUCUUGGAGAUGCUGGAGCGAGAGAAGCUACUGCGGCCGGCCGUGGAAAGGCUGGAGUUGCUGCUACAGAGAGCAAACAAAAUUCAGAAUGGAACCCUGAGCUGUGAGGAGAAGCUCACUCUGGCGAGGAACACGCUGCACGCUGACGAGUUGCACAUGGAGUCAGGUCAGCCAGUGCAGUAUGAGUCUGACGUUGUCACGUACCUUCAGGAGUGUGAAGGGCUUCUCCGUCAACUUCAGGUGGAUGUUCAGAUCCUCCGGGAUGAGAACUACUACCAGCUGGAGGAGCUGGUCUUCAAGAUCGUGCGGCUUCAAGAUGAACUGGUCACCUUGAGGCUGGAGUGCACCAACCUUUACCGGAAGGGACACUUCUCCUCCCCCUCCUCCCUGGACUUGGUUCAGUCUUCCUCUCUGAGCACCAGGCACUUUAAGGCUGAGCCCUUGCUGAAGGGGACGCACACAGCUGCCACCACAGGCUCCACCUCCUGGGUCCGGAAGCCGAUGACACGCACAGAGCUGGUGGCCAUCUCCUCUUCCGAGGAUGAGGGCAACCUCCGGUUUGUGUACGAGCUGCUCUCUUGGGUGGAAGAAAUGCAGAUGAGGCUGGAGCGGGCUGAAUGGGGGAGCGACUUGCCAAGCGUAGACUCCCAACUGGAAGUCCAGCGCCAGAUCCACAGCAGCGUGGAAGACCUGGGUGCCAGUGUGAAAGAGGCCAGGAUGUAUGAAAGUAAAAUGUCUCCAAAUUUCCGCACAAGCUAUACCGAAACCCUUAGCAAGCUGGAGACGCAGCACUGCAAGCUGGUGGAAACUUCCAGUUUCCGCCUGCGUCACCUCCAAAGUUUGUAUGACUUUGUGUCCCGAGCAACAACCGAAUUAAUUUGGCUAAACGAGAAAGAAGAGGAGGAGUUGGCAUAUGACUGGAGCGACAAUAACCCCAACAUGGCUGCCAAGCGGAAUUAUUUCUCGGAGCUCACAACAGAACUCGAGGAGAAACAGGAGGUCUUUUGCUCUCUGCAAGAGACAGCCGAGAUGUUGUCGCUGGAGAACCACCCAGCCAAGCAGACCGUCGAGGCAUAUAGUGCGGCCGUGCAGACUCAGUGGCAGUGGAUCCGACAGCUGUGCUUGUGCGUGGAUCAGCAUGUGAAGGAGAACACGGCUUACUUCCAGUUCUUCAGCGAUGCCCGAGAUUCAGAGUCGUACUUGAGGAACCUCCAGGAUGCCAUCAAAAGGAAGUAUUCAUGUGACCGCAACACCAGCCUGACGCGCUUGGAGGAUCUGCUCCAGGAUUCCAUGGAUGAAAAGGAGCAGCUGAUCCAGUCCAAGAGUUCUGUUGCCAGCUUAGUGGGUAGAUCCAAAAGCAUUGUCCAGCUUAAGCCGCGAAACCCAGACCACGUCCUGAAGAGCACCAUCUCUGUGAAGGCUGUCUGUGACUAUCGCCAAAUUGAGAUCACCAUCUGCAAAAACGACGAGUGUGUCCUGGAAGACAAUUCUCAGCGGACCAAAUGGAAGGUGAUCAGCCCCACGGGGAACGAGGCCAUGGUGCCCUCCGUCUGCUUCUUGAUCCCGCCGCCCAAUAAAGAAGCUGUCGACGUGGCUGGCAGGGUGGAACAGCUGUACCAGCAGGUAAUGGCCCAGUGGCACCAGCUCCACGUGAACAUGAAGUGUCUUGUCUCCUGGAACUAUUUGAGGAAGGACAUCUCCUUGGUGCAGAGCUGGAAUAUGGAGAAGCUGAGGGCAGUGGGUCCCGGGGAAUGCCACCAGUCUGCAAGGACCCUGCAGGAGCACUAUGAAGAUUUCUUGGAGGACAGCCGGGACCUGGAGCUGUUCUCUGUCGCUGACCGGCUGCGCCUGGAGGAGGACGUGGACUCAUGCAAGGAGCACAUCCAGCAGCUUUUGCAGUCGAUGGAGAAUGAAGACAAAGAUGAGACUGCCUCUCGAACAUACCUCUCCGAGCUGAAGAACAUCCGCCUUCACCUGGAGGAGUGUGAGCAGCGGCUUGUGGGCACCAUUCGCACAGCGAGCAGCACCAGGACUGACGGGGAUGCCCUGCAGGAAAACACGUUCCGGAUAGCUGAGCAGGAGCGGUUAAAGGACGACUUGCAUCAUCUCAAGGCAGACAUGGAGCAACUUUCUGAGCGGUGCAGCAUUUUCUUGCACAAGUCUCCCACGGGAUCCAGCACCCCACUUCUUCGUUCUGAGCUGAACCUGUUGGUGGAAAGAAUGGACCAUGUCUACGGGCUCUCCUCUGUCUACCUGGACAAGCUGAAGACGAUUGACGUCAUCAUUCGCAACACCCAAGGUGCCGAGUCCGUGCUCAAAGGCUAUGAGGUGAAACUGAGCCAAGAGGAGGCCGUGCCCGCAGACCUGGCCGCCAUCCGGUCUCAUCAGGCCACGUUGCAGGAAUGGGUCAGGGAGGGGAAAGAGAAGAGCCACGUCUUUGCAACGCUGGAAGAUGACUUGGCACGGGCGAAGGUCGUGGCCGACCAGCUGUACCGCCUGAAGCAGGAGCGCAGCCUCGAUGUGGAGCGCUACCAGGAGAAGGGAGUGCAGCUGUGGGACCGCUGGCAGAGGGUCAUCUCGCAGAUCGAGACACGCCAAUCAGAGCUGGAGAGUAUUGCGGAAGUGCUGAGCGAUUACCGAAACUGCCAUGGGUCCUUAAUCCGGUGGAUCGAGGAGACCACAUCCCAGCAGGAACUGAUGGAGCCUGGACAAGCAGAGGACAGCCGAGUCCUCUCAGAGCAACUCAGCCAACAGAUGGCGCUGUUUGCUGAGAUAGAGGCGAAUCAAACCAAACUGGACCAGUGUCAAAAACUUUCUCAGCAAUAUUCAGCUGCUGUCAAGGACUACGAGCUGCAGCUGAUGACGUACCGCGCAUUUGUGGAAUCUCAGCAGAAGUCCCCCAUGAAGCGCCGGCGCAUGCUUUCCUCCUCUGAUGCGAUCACACAGGAGUUCAUGGACUUGCGGACCCGUUACACAGCCUUGGUCACAUUGACCACGCAGCACGUGAAGUACAUCAGCGAUGCCCUUCGGCGCCUGGAAGAGGAGGAAAAAGUUGUGGAGGAAGAGAAGCAAGAGCACGUGGACAGAGUGAAAGAACUCCUGGGCUGGGUCACAAAUUUUAAACAGAGUGUGCAAUUCAAAAGCAUCCCACUGAAGAGCAAGGAGCUGAGAGAUAUUGAGAAGUCUAUCUUGGAGCAACAGGUUCUGAAUGAGGAAUUGGCCGUGAAAAAAGAUCAGGUCUCGGAAGCUGUCAAAACUGCCCAGAUCUUCCUUGCAAAGCAUGGCCACAAGCUUUCUAGCCAGGAGAAGGCGCACAUGUCGACCCAUCUGAGCACCCUGAAGGAGACUUACGCGCAGCUCUGCUCUGACUUCACAGAACACCUCCAGCAGCUGCAGAGCCACAUGGCCCAGGAGACAGCGCAUAAGGGAACAGAGACUGUUGCAGGAGUGCUAGACCUUGGCACAAUGGAAGUCUUACCUGUUUUUGGGGCCAUGCAAAAGGGUCUCCUAGACCAAGAAACGGGCCUUCUGCUGCUGAAAGCCCAGGUGAUCUUGGCCAGCCUUGUGGUUCCCAAUAGCAAUGAACAGUUGUCUUUGGCAGAAGGCCUGGCCAGAGGCAUCAUAGACCUCAGGACCUACGAGGUGCUGCAGGAACUACAGGAUGCCCUCUGGCUGGUGGAUGACACUGACCUCAAAGGCAGGCCACUUCUUCCGGUUGUGGUUGCAAUGGAGGAUGGCGCCAUCAGCGAAGGCGUUGGGCUGGAAAUCUCAGAAGUGCAGCUUCUCACUGGGGGGCUCAGAGACCCUUCCAGCCAUAAAAGAAUUGGCUUAGAAGAGGCUCUUCAAAGGGGCAUGAUUACCACGCAUCUUUAUCAGAAGUUGGACUCUAGCCUGCGAUCUCGCCACACUUUGAUCGACCCCAACUCAGCCAAGGAGACCAGCUGGAAUGACCUGAUGAAGCAAUGCAUCCUUCACCAGGAGACAGGGCUGAGGUUACUCCCAGUCAAGCAGCUAGCAGGUGGGGUGGUGAGCUUAAAAUCAGGACAGAAAGUGAGCAUCUUCUCUGCAAUUCAGGAAGGACUGAUAGAGAAACAGGUAGCAGUGAGGUUACUGGAAGCUCAGCUCUUUGCUGGUGGCAUCCUCGACCCCAGAAGUGGCCACCAACUGACUGUGGAUGAGGCUGUUGCACAUCAGUUGAUUGACCAGGACCUGGCCUGUGCUCUCGUGGCGCGGCAGCUACAGGCAGGUGGCAUCAUAGAUGCCCUUACAGGGGAGAGGCUUUCCCUGGACGAAGCAGUAAGGAGAGGCUUGGUGACAUCGAGAACCGCUGUGGCCACCCUGGGAUCCCUUGGGUCCUUUAUGGGUCUUCUGCAGCGCGAGUCGGGGGAGAUUCUCUCGGUGGCUGAGGCACUGGAGCAGGGUGUCCUGUCUCCUGACCUAGCCUGCAAGAUUCUUAGCAACAGGCAAACCAUCAGGGCACUUUUUAUACCGGAAACCAGAAGCAUCCUUUCCUGGCACCAAGCUACUGACCGUGGGAUCCUGAAGAGAGCUGCUGCCAAGAAACUGAAAUCAGCCUGUCUCCCUGACAUCAUGCCAAAUAUGCCCUUAUCAGAUUUGCUGAACAGAUUCAAAAGGAACCCCCCUGCCUCAGGUAGCUGGGCACAUCAUGCGAACCAAGACGGAGGCUCACUAACAAGCUGUGAAGAAAGGGUCUUGUUUUAUUUGAUGACCCACAGCUAUGUCAAUGUCCACGACGGCCAAAAAUUGCUUCUGGUGGACAAGGAGCUAAGCAGCCUUGCCAAAAUUCUUGUGGAAGUGCAUGUGGGUGGGCCUAACACUCUCCCACUAGAAAGUAGUGAAGAUGAACCCCAAGCACAAGAUGACAAGGAAGGGGAUAAUGCAGCUGUGGAAGCAGAGCCUAGCAAUGAAUUAGCUUUGGAAGAGCACAAAGUUUAUUCACCUGCAUCAGACAAAGAGCUUGAGAGAAAUCUGUCAUCAGGUAUUUGUCUGCCUACUGAAAUGUUUGACAUGGAAAUUGGGUCUCUUCUGGUGACUGUUGAGGAAAGAAGUGAGAAUGUGGAGAAGCAGGAGAAGGAUGUGGAUGCUAUGGGAGAUGGUAAAAGUGAAACGGGUGGCUCCAAAAAAGAGCAAGAGCUGGGGCUCAUCCAAAGCAGGAGUGAAACGGAAAGGCCACCAUGUGGAUUCAUAAAGGACCCCAGCUUUGAAACAGACUCUCCAAAUAUGGCAGUCACAGAGGAAGGUGUCAAGUUUGCAGAAGAAGAGAAGACAGUUUUGAAAGACCCCAAGGGGUUCUCUAAAAUCCGAAGAAAAGAUGUUGAAAAAGAAGCCAGUAUGUCUACAGGUGGUUUUGAGAAGGUGGAAGAAUCUCAAAACUUGAAGGAGAAUGCCUUGGAAGAUGUGACUCUUGCAGCAAUAAAUGGAGCUGAAGAGGCUAUUAAUUGGUUAAAUACCGAAAAAGUGGGAAAUGGGUCAACAGAUGGCUUUCUUUACCAAGCUGAAGGGAAAACUACAGAUGAACAUAUUAUGAAGGGAUGCUUAGGGCUAGAAGGAAAAGCGGCACGUCUGCAUCAGAUGGAUGGUUCUGUGUUGCCAAAACGGUCCGUAGAACAAGAAGAAAGCAACGCUCUGAAUAUGUUGCUAGCACAGCUGCAUUCGGGUGGCAUAGUCCAUGAGCAGACAGGGAAGAAGAUGCUACUGGACGAGUCCGUCGCCUGCGGAGUUGUGCCCAGCCAUACAGCUGUCAAGCUCCUGGGCAAGAUGAAAAUGUUCAGUGGCUUUUUUGAUGCAGAGACUUGUGAAUCAUUAACCACUGAAGAAGUAAUCAGUGAAGGACUGAUGGGUGAGAAACUUCUGCAGAAAGUCCUGGCCUCUGAUCGAGCCAUAAGUGGUGUUAUAGACCCACUUAGUAAAACCAUCUACUCCAUCAAGGAUGCAUCUGAGGUUGGUCUGUUGGACCAAGAAACUGCCACAAGGAUUCUGGAAGCUCAGGUAGUUACUGGAGGAAUUAUUGACUUCAAGCGUGGCAAAAAAAUGUCAGUCACGUUGGCUUCCAACCUUGGCCUAAUUCAGCAAUCCAUGCAGGAAGGUCUCAGGAAGUUAGAGAAAGCCGCUAAGGGGAAAGGUGUUGAUGAUGCAACUACAGAAAAGCUAAUUGCUUUGCAGGCUGAAAUAGGUGGUAUCUUAGAUCCUAAAACUAAAGAACCUUUGACAAUCACCCAGGCUGUAGAAAAGGGCCUUCUGGCCAAGGAGAAAGCCUUUCAACUCCUGACCAAACAAAUAGCCAUGGGAGGCAUUAUUCAUCAGAAGACAGGCAUGAGGCUUCCGGUAGAAGGUGCUGUGGAGCAUGGAUUGAUUGACCAAGGCUUCUAUGAAGAUCUUAAAAAGGCAGAAGAUCUGUGCCUGCAUAAGCAUAUUCAUCCGGAAACAAAGGAGCUGAUAUCCUCAUCCCAAGCCAUAUCCCUGGGAUUAGUCAGCUCAGAGUUUCAGAGCAAAGUUCAAGAGAUACAGGCUUCAACUGGAAGCAUAUUUGAUCCUGUCUGUGGCCAGAACGUUACCUUGACUACAGCUGUGAAGGAAGGGUUAUUGCCCAAGCCAGUUAUGGAAGAAGCAAUGAUAUCUUCUGAAAUGAAGCACGGAAUUAUUCAACCAGAGAGCUGUAGAUUGGUCCCCUAUUCAGAAUUGGUCAGGGACAGCAAGAUUGAUAUUGAAUCAGGGCAGAGAUACAUUGAGAUUGUCCCCUUUAGAGACCUCAGAGAUGAAGUGACCGGGGAUGCACUCUCAUGUUCCCAGGCAAUUAGGCUUGGUAAAGUAGAGCCCACUCUAGCUUUGAGGCUGUUGCAGGCUCAAGCAGACACAGGUGGCAUCAUAGAAACUUCUACGGGCCGCAGGUUGUCACUAGCAUCUGCCUUAGAACAAGAAGUGCUGGACGGCGAUACAGCUAAAGUCAUUGCUGUACAUCAGCUCUUGACUGGAGGAAUUGUUGGUGCUGCGAGUGAAGAACGAGUGUCAUUAAAAGAAGCCAUUGAAAAAGGACUAGUCAGCAAGAAAUUAGCCGGCAUAAUUGAAGAAAGUGUUCCAGGAGCCAGCGAUGGAUCUGGGCAUAAAAGUAUGGUAGAAGAUGAAGGUCACCAGCCAGAGUUGCUACUGCAAAAUGGUACCUCAAAGACUGAAAUAUUGGGCAUUGGUAAAAAUGCUACUAAGAAUCACAGUGAAAGUGUGCUUUCUGAAGUAGUGGGCUGCAACACUUCGGAAGACACUGCUGCCAAUUCUUUGAAAGGAAUUCAAGAAACACUGGGGGAGGUGGGUGAGAGAGCACCAGCCUCCCUUUCGCGAACUUCUGUUGUGGAUGGUUUUGCAAGACAGUCUUUAGGGGAUGGGGAACUGACACCUGAGCUCACCUUAAUGUUAGACCCAGUUGAAGCCACAAGAGUGAAGAGCCAGAAAAAAAAUAUUAGGAGGAAAAGUAAAUUGAGGGAGAAAGGGCUCCAGAAGGGAGAGUCAGAGAAGCAAGCAGGAAGGGAUCAAGUGACUGAAAGGGAGCAGAAAGGGGUUUGGUCCCAGGAGGUUGUUGUGAUGAACCAGCUAAACCAAGAGCAAGAACAUUCUCAGGAAGGGAGAGAAAGUGCAGCCGGAGUCCUCAAGGCAGAUCAGGAAACUGUUUCCUUAGACUCUCUGGAAGUAUCAGCAUGCAAGGAACUUAGUCAGGAAGAAAAAGUUGAUACAAAAUCUAAAGUACCUACCAUAAUUUCUGAGUCAACGAAACUGAUCUUUGGGGAGACCAAAGUUGAACUGCCAAGCCCAGGAACUGAGUUAAGAGCCCAAGAUCUUAGCACUGCCGAACGUGUUGAUGUAAAAGUUACUAAGAAGGAAAAAACAAAAAGGAGUAAAAAGCAGAGCUUUCCACCAAAAAAUUCCCAAGACAGGCAGUCUCCUCCUUUUCCUGAUUCCAAGGAAACACUGGAGAGAAGAAUCGAGGAGACUUUGACCUCCAGUGCUAGCGAAUUCUUCCUGGAGAAUGCAUCUCGCAGGGUGGUGAGUGAUCUGGUCCCAGCAGAACCCGCUGAGGCCAAGAGGCAAGGCCAGCAAGCACUGAGGAAAGAGAAGCAUCACGUCAAGACUAGAGAAACUAUCGCAGAUGACCAGAAAAUGAACAUUACUCCCAAAACAGAUGCACCUGGAAAGUUAACUGAAGAAAGGACUAGAAUUUACCAGGAUGCCUUGGAAGUGGAAGGUAUGCUAGAAGAAAAAGUAUCUCAGAGAAUGGCCAAAGAACCAUUUGUUGUAAAAGACUGGAUGUCUACGGAGACUGCAGCCGAUGAUACAAAAUCUUUUAGGCCUUCUGAGCUAAAGACAGAGGGCCUACAAAGCAAAGAGAGUCUGGAGGGCAAAGUUAGCUCCCGUUCUUCUUUGCUAUUGUUAGUACCACAGGAUACAGUCCAGGUAGUAGCUGGAGAAAAGCUUGGCAUUGGUGUCAGGGCACCGUCUGUGGCUAAAAGAGCAGAGGAAACAUGGCAAGCUGAUCCUGAAGUAGGAGAGAGAGAUGGUUCAGAAGAACAGAUCCUGCCAGAGAAUGAAUUUCCAGAAGGCAAGACAGAUUUUUCUGGAACACCACCCAUGCAGCAGAAUGCGGUCCCGAAAAUGGCUGGAGAUGGCAGGAGCGCUGACAAACCAUCCUGUGUGUCCUCAGAUGGGGAAGAGAGAUGGCGGGAGAUCUCCAAACCAAGCAAGGCUCCUUACAGCAAACAGCUUUGCCUGGAAUAUGACGAGAAAUUGGUGGUGCUGCUGUCCAGGGUGCGCGACAUCGAGAUGCGCAUCCAGCGGGUUCAGCUUGGAGGGCUGAGCGUGGUGGCGCUGCGGGACCAGCUUCAUCAGGCAGUGGCCUUGGAAGGAGAGCUGAGCACCCUGUCAGCUUCAGUGAAACGGGAUCUGGAAACAGCAAAAGCAAUUGUGGCCAGGCCUCCCCGAGAAGUCCCCGAGCAAUUACUGAAAGCCUUGGAGAAGGACGCCAAGAACCUUCAAAAGUCUUUUGGCUCUGUGAGUGAAGCCUUGAACUCGUGGCUGCUCACCCUUCGCGCUGCAGCAGAGGCAGAAAAGGCGAAAAUCCUAUUGUGGCAUGAAAAGCUGCAGAGCCGACUGCAGGAGCUGCUGAGCUGGGUAGCCGACACCUCCCAGUUUCUCAGCAGUCUGGAAUCCCGCCCCACCACUGAUGCCAGCAGCCGGAAUUCCUGCCUUUGGAGCUACAUGGAGCAGAAGAAGGCCCUCGCAGAGACCAAAGCUCAGCUCGAGGCAACAGCCUUUGACCUCCAGUUCUUCAUUUCUGAGCAUGCUCAAGACCUGACCCCUGAGCAAAGCCGGCAGCUGCUGAGGAUGCUGAACAAACUGCAGGGGUCAUUCCGGGAGCUUUCCGAGAGGCUGGUCGCACGGGCAGAGGUCCUGCAGGUCUGUCUCCAGCAAGUGGAGCAGACAGAUCAGACACUGCAAGAACAGGAAGCAAUGCACAGCCGGAAACUGGAAGAGCUGCGUGCCUGGAUGGACCAGGCUGAGAAGCAGCUGCUGGAUCCACAGGGAGUAGCCGGUGAAGGAAACCUCUCCGUGCUGGAGCAGUGGCGGUGUGAUGUGAAGGACCUCCAGCAGAGUGUGCACAGCCGAGCAGCUUCCUUUGCAAGCACCUUGAAAGCCGCAGAGGAGUUCCUGGAGGAGAACCGAAGCAAGCUGGAUCCUGGGGAGCUGGCAUCCUUGCAGGAAGGGCUCGAUCAGGCGAAGGAGCAGCACCGGUCCCUGCUGGAGAGGGUGGAGGCGGCACAGAAGGAACUCGAGAGUGCUGUGAGCUCCGCAGUGCAGCAGCAGACGGAAAAGGUUAGAGCUGUCAAAGAAUUUGAAGAAAAUCAGAGGAAAGUUGAAUCUCUUCUCCAAUGGGUGGCUUAUUUGGAGCAUCGCAAAGACGUUGCAGGCCAGCUGUACCCUGUGGAACAAGUAGCUGGAGAUGGAGGAGUCCAAGAUACUCUUGAUGGCCAAUUGAUGGCAAUGGACAGAGCUGAAGAGGAUCUCAGUUUGUUCUACGACAGCUUGAAGGUUCACCACCAAGAGCUUCUCUCUCAGCAGCAAGAUGUCAUUCUGACCACGCGGUCAGCCCAGGCCUUCCUGGACAAGCAGGGCCACAAUCUCAUGCCAGAGGACAAGCAGGGCCUCCAGGGGAGGCUGGAGGGGCUCAAGGACCGGUAUGCCUCUGCUUUGUCUCAGGCAGAGGUGCAGCUCAAGCGAGUGCAGGCACUCCGUGAUGAGCUGCAGAAGUUUUUGCGGGACCAGGUGGAGUUCGAGGCUUGGCUUGAGCAGGCCGAGCAGCAGCUGGAGCAGAUGCACGAGAGAGAUGGCAGCCUGGAGUCCCUCCCGCCCCUGCUCCAGCAGCAAAGCCGCUUCUCCGAAGAUGUGCUCUCCCACAAGGGGGAUCUGCGGUUUGUCACUAUGUCAGGGCAGAAGGUGCUGGAUGCAGAGAAGACGGUGGCUGCCGAGGGCGGAGGGCUGUGUGUGCCAGCCGUUGCAGCCACGGGGGCCCUGGUGAGGAGCAAGCUGGACAGCGCCACCACGCGAUACGGCGCGCUCCACAGCAAGUGUUCCGCCUUUGGCUCUCACCUGAGCGUGCUGCUGGAUCGCUCCCAGCGGUUCCAGGAAGUGGUGGCAUCUCUCAGGCCGUGGCUGCAGGAGAGCGAAGGGGCGGUGGCAGACCUGCUCCUGGAGCCCAUCUCCCCAGACCCAGCCGUCCUGCAGAAGCAGCUCGCCAGUGCCAAGCACCUGCAGGAGGACCUUGCUGAGCAUCAGGUGCCUGUGGAGAAGCUUGAGAAGGCAGCGCAGUCCCUCCUGGAAAUUCAGAACUCGCCUGUACCUGACUGCAGGGAGAUUCGGCAAACCACAGAUUCCAUGGUGAGCUGCUUCCAGCGCCUGUCUGCCCAAAUGGCAGAGCAUGCAGACCUUUUGCAGAAGUCCAUUGCACAGUCUCAGAGCGUCCAGGAGGGGCUGGAGAGCCUCCUUCAGUCCAUGGCAGAGAUUGAGAAAAGUCUCCAGAAGAAGGACAUGGCUGCCUUCUCCUCCACCUCCCUGCAAGAAGCUCUCGCCACAAACAUGAAGCUGAAGCAGGACAUCGCCAGGCAGAAGAGCAGCCUGGAAAUGACGCGGGGCAUGGCGGCCACAUUCAUGGCGACGGCCGACAUCGGCACGGCCGAGGCCCUGCGGGGCAAGCUGGCCGAGGUGACGGAGCGCCUGGGCUGCCUGCAGCAGUGGCAGCAGGAGAAGGAGCAUGGCCUGAAGGGCCUCCUCCCCAGGGCGGAGCAGUUCGAGCGGCUCUCGGAGCGGCUGCGGCAGUUCACAGACAGCAGGACGCGGCUGCUGGCCUCGGGGAACCAGCCCGACCACGACAUCGCCCACUUCUCCCAGCAGAUCCAGGAGCUGAAUUCUGAGAUGAAGCAGCACCACGAAGACCUGGACACCUUGGAGCGUCUGACCGCAGAGCUGAGCUCUUGUGAGUUUGUGCCAGCAGGCACUUCCUUGCACCAGGAGAGGGUGCGCAGCUUGCGGAAAGACUUCUUGCAUUUGCAGAAAGCAGCAAGGGAAAGAGAGAAGGGCGCGUCGUCUUGCCAGGAGCAGCUAGAUGAAUUCCGCACAUUGGUCAGGUCCGUCAGGCAGUGGCUGAAGGAAACCGAGGGCAGUGUCCCAGCCACGGAGACGUCACUGGGCAGCCAUGAGCUGGAGAAGCGGAUGCAGCAAAUUGAGGUCCUCUUGGAGGAGUGGUCAGGGAAGAGGAUUCUUGUGGAGGAGAUAAACCACCGAGGGACAGCCCUAGAGAACCUGAUAGUGGAAAUUACCGCUCCUGAUGCGCAGUCCAAGACAGGUUCUGUGCUGCCCACUGGGGGAAGUUCUGUAGGCAGCGUUAACGGAUAUCACACCUGCAAAGACUUGACGGUGAUCCAGUGUGAUGUGUCGGAUGUGAACCAGCAGUACGAGGCCCUCGGGGACGUCCUGCAGGGGCGACAGGCGCAGCUGUCGGCCAUGCUGGCAAAGAUGAGGGAUGCCCAGGAGGAGGCGGGCGCGCUGCUGGCGUGGCUGGAGGCAAGGGAACAGACCCUGGUGGCACUCGAGGCGUCUUCCUCGCCAACCAAGCCAGAAGCAAUGAGGGCCCAGGCGGAACAUAACAAGGCAUUUCUGGCCGAGCUGGAGCAGAAUGCUGCAAAGGUCCAGAAAGCACAGGAGCUGCUCUCUGAACUCCUAGAGAAAUACCCUGAAUCGCCAGAAGCAGGAAAUUGGAAGAAGAUGUUGGAGGACUUAAACUCUAGGUGGGUGCGCACCAACCAGGUGACUGCAGAGCGGCAGCAAAAGCUGGAGAAAUCAGCCAGCGAGCUGGCAAGCUUCCAGGUAGCUGAAGGCCAGCUGCGCCCCUGGCUGAUGGAGAAGGAGCUGAUGAUGAGUGUGCUGGGCCCACUGUCCAUUGAUCCAAACAUGCUGAAUGCACAGAAGCAGCAGGUCCAGUUCAUGCUGAAAGAAUUUGAAGCUCGCAGGCACCAAUAUGACCAACUGAAUGAGGCGGCCCAAGCAAUGCUCACCUGCCCAAGUGAAACGUCUCCCUCCAGCAACCAUGUGGAGGAGGAGCUCCAAGCUGUCAACCAGAAGUGGGCCGAGCUCAUGGAGCAGCUCAACUCUCGUUCCAGCCAGAUUGACCAGGCCAUUGUCAAGAGCACCCAGUAUCAGGAAUUGCUUCAGGUGCUGUCGGAGAAGGUGAAGGCUGCGGGACAGCGCCUGAGUUCCCAGCCUGCCAUCAGCACCCAGCCAGAAGCAGUGAAGCAGCAGCUGGAGGAAACCAGUGAGAUCCGGUCUGACCUGGAGCAGCUGGAAGAUGAGAUUGCAGAGGCCCAGAUCCUGUGCGGAGAGCUCUCUGACCUCAUUCGGGAACAGUACCUCAAGGACGAACUGAGGAAGCGCUUGGAGACAGUGGCCCUUCCUCUCAAGGGCCUGGAGGACUUGGCAGGUGACCGGAUGAAUCGAUUGCAGACAGCCCUCGCAAGCUCACAGCAGUUCCAGCAGAUGUUUGAUGAGCUUCAUGUUUGGCUGGAUGACAAGCUGAAGCAGCAGGCAAAGAUUGGUCCGAUCUCUGCCAAGCUGGAGAAGUUGCAGUUUCAGAUCCAGGAGCAGGAGGAACUGCAGAAGAGCCUCAAUCAGCACAGUGGCUCCUAUGAAAUGAUCGCGAUGGAGGGCGAGUCUUUGCUCCUCUCUGUUCAGCCCGGGGAGGAAAAAGCCAAUUUGCAAAGCCAGCUGAUCAACCUGAAAUCAAACUGGGAGGAGCUAAGCAAGCAAAUUGUGGACCGCCAUUCCAAACUCAAGGACUGCUUGCAGAAGGCCCAGAAAUACCAGCGUCACAUUGAAGACCUUUUCCCAUGGGUAGAGGACUGCAAAUCAAAGAUGUUGGAGCUGGACGUCACGCUGGAUCCAGUGCAGCUAGAAGCCGCCCUGCUGAGGUCAAAGGCCAUGCUGAGUGAUGUGGAGAAACGGUGCUCUCUUCUGGAAAUGCUGAACAGUGCUGCUGACAUCCUCAUCAAUGCGUCAGAAAUGGAUGAAGACGAUGUCCGGGAUGAAAAAGCUCGGAUCAACCAGAAGAUGGAUGCUGUUACAGAGGAGCUCCGAGCAAAGACCAGUUCCCUUGAAGAAAUGUCGCAACGGCUGAAGGAGUUCCAGGAAAGUCUGCGGAACAUUGAGAAGAAACUAGAAGGGACUAAGCACCAGCUAGAAAUCUAUGAGGCUCUAGGCCCUCAGGCCUGCAGUGCUAAGAACUUGGAGAAGCUGAGAACCCAACAAGAGGCUCUCCAAGCACUGGAAUCUCAGGUGGAUUACCUAAGAAAUUUCACUCAAGGUCUAGUAGAAGAUGCUCCAGAUGGGUCAGAUGCCUCCCACCUCUUAAGCCAAGCUGAGGUUGCCCAGCAAGAUUUCAAGGCAGUCAAACAGAAGGUCAAUGAAUGUUGUGUGCUUAUGGAAAGCAAGCUUGAAGGGAUUGGUCAGUUUAAUAAUCAUGUUCGGGAGAUGUUCUCUCAGCUGGCAGACCUAGACGAUGAGUUAGAUAGUAUGGGCCCUGUUGGAAGGGACAUGGACAGCCUCCAGUCCCAAGCUGAAGAUGUCCAGGAAUUCCUGGGCAAACUUCAGCAGCUGAGGUUGGACAUCCAUGCUUCCGAAGAGAAAUGUAGGCAGAUGCUGGAUGACGAAGGAAGCCCCGACCUCAUAGGAUUGAAACACGAACUAGAGACCUUAAACAAACAAUGUGGCAAGCUGACUGAAAGGGGCAAAAGUCGCCUGGAGCAGGUGGAUACAGCGCUGGCUCGCGUCCAGGACUUCUACAACAAGCUGAAGGAGCUGAACUACAUGACGGCCACUGCAGAAGAGAGUGAGGCAUUGCAGUGGGUGGUCGGGACAGAGGUGGAUGUGAUCAACCAGCAGCUUUUGGAUUUCAAGAUGUUCCAGAAGGAGCAAGUUGACCCUCUUCAGCUAAAACUCCAGCAAGUCAAUGGACUCGGACAGGGACUUGUCCAGAGCGCAGGGAAGGAUUGCGACGUGCAGGGCUUGGAACAUGAUAUGGAAGGGAUCAGCGCCCGCUGGAACACUCUUAACAAAAAGGUGGCGCAGAGAAUCGCACAACUGCAAGAAGCCCUGCUGCGCUGUGGGAAAUUCCAGGAUGCCUUGGAGCCUUUGCUCAGCUGGCUGGCAGAUACGGAGGAGCUCAUCUCCAAUCAGAAGCCCCCAUCUGCUGAAUAUAAAGUGGUGAAGGCUCAGAUCCAAGAGCAAAAGCUUCUUCAACGUCUCUUGGAUGACCGGAAAGCUACCGUUGAGAUGAUCCAAGCCGAGGGUGGGAGAAUAGCCCAGUCUGCCGAACCAGCAGAUCGGGAGAAGAUAGUUGGCCAGCUGGACAGUCUGGGAAGCCAGUGGGCCGGCCUUCUCAGCAAAGCUGCAGCCAGGCACAUUCAGCUGGAGGAGAUCCUUGUCUUGGCCCAGCAGUUCCAUGAGACGUCGGAGCCCAUUGCUGACUGGUUGUCGAUGAUGGAGAAGAAGCUGACCAACUCCGAGCCAACAGGAACACAGACAGCCAAAGUCCAGCAGCAGAUUGCCCGGCACAAGGCUCUGGAGGAAGAGGUAGAGGGUCACGCUGCAGCGAUGGCUCGGGUGGUCAGCACUGGGCAGUCUCUGGCCUGCCUGAGCUGCCCUGCCGAGCGGGCCUUGCUGAGCGAGAAGCUAGACCUCCUUGAGGCCCGGUAUGCAGAGCUUUGUGACAAGUGUGGCAGGAAGGCGUCCCUUCUCGAUCAGGCUUUGUCAAAUGCCCGGCUCUUUGGGGAGGACGAGGUGGAGGUGCUUAACUGGCUGGCCGAGGUUGAGGACAAGCUCGGCUCGGUGUCCGUCAAGGAUUACAAGCAGGAAGUCCUGCAGAGGCAGCAUGCAGAGCAGCUGGCUCUGAAUGAUGAGAUCGUGACCCGCAAGAAGAACGUGGACCAGGCUAUUAAGAAUGGGCAGGCCCUGCUGAAACAAACCACAGGGGAGGAGGUGCUGCUGAUCCAGGAGAAGCUAGAUGGCAUCAAGACCCGCUACGCGGACAUCACCGCUGCCAGCUCCAAGGCCCUGCGGACACUGGAGCAGGCCCGUCAGCUGGCCAGCAAGUUCCAGUCUGCACACGAGGAGCUGGCCGGGUGGAUGACGCAGGUCGAAGAGGAGCUGGUGUCUGGAGGAGGCCAUUCUCCCUCUGGAGAGCAGAUCCCUCAGUUCCAGCAGAGGCAGAAGGAGCUGAAGAAAGAGGUGAUGGAACACAGGCUUGUUCUGGACACGGUGAACGAAGUGAGCCGGGCCCUCCUGGAGCUGGUGCCUUGGCGCGCCCGGGAAGGGCUGGAUAAGCUCGUCUCCGAUACCAAUGAGCGCUACAAGUCUAUCAGCGACACCAUCAGGCAAAGGGUGGAAGAAAUUGAUGCGGCAAUACAACGGUCACAAAAGUAUGAGCAAGCAGCCGAUGCAGAGCUUGCCUGGGUGGCCGAGACAAAACGGAAACUGAUGGCGCUUGGUCCUGUUCGCCUGGAGCAAGACCAAACCACGGCACAGCUGCAGGUCCAAAAGGCUUUCUCUAUUGACAUAAUUCGACACAAAGAUUCUGUGGAUGAGCUGCUCGGCCAGCGCAGUGAGAUUUUUGGAACUUGUGGGGAGGAACAGAAAGCCCUGCUGCAGGAGAAGACAGAGUCGCUCCUGCGGCAGUACGAGGACGUCGGCCAGCUCAACGCAGAGCGCUACGCCCGCUUGGAGCGGGCCCAGGUCUUGGUCAGCCAGUUCUGGGAGACCUACGAGGAGCUCAGCCCGUGGCUUGAGGAGACGCAGGUGCUGAUUGGGCAGCUGCCCCCCCCAGCGAUUGACCACGAGCACCUGAAGCAGCAGCAGGAAGACAUGAGGCAACUGCGGGAGUCCAUUGCAGAGCACAAGCCCCAUAUCGACAAGCUGCUGAAGAUUGGGCCGCAGCUGAAAGAGCUGAAUCCCGAAGAAGGAGAGAUGGUGCAGGAGAAGUACCUCGCGGCAGAAGCCCAGUAUACCCGCAUCAAGGAGGAGGUUCGCCGGCGUGCUCUGGCCUUGGACGAAGCCGUCUCACAGUCUGCGCAGAUUGCAGAGUUCCACGACAAGAUUGAGCCCAUGCUGGAGACGCUGGAGAACCUCUCCUCCCGGCUGCGAGUGCCCCCGCUGAUCCCAGCUGAGGUCGAAAAGAUCCGGGAAUGCAUCAGUGACAACAAGAAUGCCACCGUGGAGCUGGAGAAGCUGCAGCCGUCCUUCGGAGCUCUGAAGCGCCGCGGGGAAGAGCUGAUCGAGCGAUCGCAAGGAGCAGAGAAGGACCCGGCCGCCAAAGAAAUUCAAGAUAAAUUAAAUCAGAUGGUGUUCUUCUGGGAAGACAUCAAAACUCGGGCUGAAGAACGUGAAAUCAAAUUCCUUGACGUCUUAGAACUGGCGGAGAAAUUCUGGUAUGACAUGGCUGCCCUCCUGACCACCAUCCGGGACACGCAGGACAUUGUGCACGACCUCGAGAGUCCUGGGAUCGACCCGUCCAUCAUCAAGCAGCAGGUGGAGGCUGCGGAGACCAUCAAGGAAGAGACAGACAGUCUGCACGAAGAACUGGAGUUCAUCCGGCUUCUCGGCACCGACCUCAUCUUUGCUUGCGGAGAGACAGAGAAGCCAGAAGUGAAGAAGAGCAUCGAUGAGAUGAAUAGUGCCUGGGAAACUCUGAAUAAGACCUGGAAGGAGCGGCUGGAGCGGCUGGAGGAGGCCAUGCGGUCGGCGGUGCAGUACCAGGAUACCCUGCAGGCCAUGUUCGACUGGCUGGACAACACGGUGAUCAGGCUGUGCAGCAUGCCUCCCGUGGGCACGGACCUCAGCACUGUCAAGCAGCAGCUGGACGAGAUGAAGGAGUUCAAAAUGGAGGUGUACCAGCAGCAGAUUGAGAUGGAGAAGCUGAAUCAUCAGGGUGAGCUGAUGCUGAAGAAGGCCACUGACGAGACGGACAGAGCCAUCGUGCAGGAGCCACUGACAGAGCUGAAGCACCUCUGGGAGAACCUCAGCGACAAAAUAGCCCACCGGCAGCACAAGCUGGAAGGCGCUCUCUUGGCCCUCGGCCAGUUCCAGCACGCGUUGGCUGAGCUGGUGGCAUGGCUGACCCACACGGAGGAGCUGCUGGGGGCCCAGCGGCCCAUUGGGGGUGACCCCAAGGUCAUCGAGGUGGAGCUGGCGAAGCACCACGUGCUGAAAAAUGACGUGCUGGCCCACCAAGCCACAGUGGAAACCGUGAACAAAGCCGGCAACGACCUCCUGGAGUCCAGCGCUGGGGAUGAUGCGAGCAGCCUCCGGAAACGGCUGGAGAUGAUGAAUUCGUGUUGGGAGUCCGUGCUGCAGAAGACGGAGGAGCGGGAGCAGCAGCUGCAGAUGACCCUUCAGCAGGCUCAGGGCUUCCAUGGUGAAAUAGAAGACUUCCUUCUUUGGCUUACAAGGAUGGAGAACCAGCUGUCGGCCUCCAAGCCGACAGGUGGGCUGCCAGAAACUGCUCGCGAGCAACUGAAUGCCCAUAUGGAGCUCUAUGCCCAGUUCAAAGCCAGGGAGGAGGCCUAUGGCCAGCUGCUGGCGAAGGGGAGGCUGAUGCUUCUGAGCCGAGACGACUCUGGAUCUGGGUCAAAAACAGAGCAAAGCGUGGCUCUUCUGGAGCAGAAGUGGGGCCUCGUCAGCACGAAGAUGGAGGAGCGAAAGUCCAAGUUGGAAGAGGCGCUCAGCUUGGCAGCCGAGUUCCAGAAUUCCCUGCAGGACUUCAUCAACUGGCUCACCCUUGCCGAGCAGGGCCUGAACGUGGCCCCUCAGCCCAGCCUCAUCCUCAGCACGGUGCUCGCACAGAUCGAGGACCACAAGGUAUUUGCUAAUGAAGUGAAUGCCCACCGGGACCAGAUUAUUGGCCUGGACCAAAGCGGGAGCCAGCUGAAAUUCCUCAGCCAGAAGCAGGACGUGGUCCUGAUAAAGAACCUCCUGCUCAGCGUGCAGUCCCGCUGGGAGAAGGUGGUCCAGAGGUCGGUGGAGAGGGGGCGGGCCCUGGAUGAUGCCAGGAAGCGAGCAAAGCAGUUCCAUGAAGCUUGGAAAAAGUUGGUUGACUGGUUGGAAGACGCUGAAAAUCAUCUGGAUUCUGAGCUGGAAAUUUCCAAUGAUCCUGACAAGAUCAAACUGCAGCUCUCAAAACACAAGGAGUUCCAGAAAACCCUGGGUGGCAAACAGCCUGUUUAUGACACCACAAUCCGGACGGGAAGAGCCCUGAAAGAGAAAGCCCAGUUCCCAGAUGAUGCCCAAAGCCUGGACCAUCUGCUUGGAGAAGUCCGGGACAAAUGGGACACCGUCUGUGGCAAGUCGGUGGAAAGGCAGCAUAAGCUGGAAGAGGCGCUGCUCUUCUCUGGCCAGUUCAUGGAUGCGCUGCAGGCCCUGGUGGACUGGCUGUACAAGGUGGAGCCGCAGCUGGCCGAGGACCAGCCUGUCCACGGGGACCUGGAUCUGGUCAUGAACUUGAUGGAUGCCCACAAGGUUUUCCAGAAGGAGCUCGGCAAGCGCACGGGCACCGUGCAGGUCCUCAAGCGCUCUGGGCGGGAGCUCAUCGAGAGCAGCCGCGAUGACACCACGUGGGUGAAGGUGCAGCUGCAGGAGCUGAGCAACCGCUGGGACACCGUCUGCAGCAUGUCUGUCCUGAAGCAAACCCGGCUGGAGCAGGCCUUGAAACAGGCAGAAGACUUCCGGGCCGCCGUCCACUCGCUGCUGGAGUGGCUCUCUGAAGCGGAGCAAACCCUUCGCUUCCGGGGAGCUUUGCCCGAUGACGCUGAGGCCCUCCAGUCACUGAUUGAUAUACACAAGGAGUUCAUGAAGAAGGUCGAGGAGAAGAGACUGGAUGUGAACUCAGCAGUAGGGAUGGGGGAGGUCAUCCUCGCCGUGUGCCACCCGGACUGCAUCACCACCAUCAAGCACUGGAUUACCAUCAUCCGUGCUCGCUUUGAAGAAGUUCUCACCUGGGCGAAGCAGCACCAGCAGCGGCUUGAGGUGGCCCUGUCCGAACUGGUGGCCAAUGCUGAGCUCUUGGAAGAGCUGCUGGCCUGGCUUCAGUGGGCCGAGACGACGCUGAUCCAGCGGGACCAGGAGCCCGUGCCGCAGAACAUUGAGCAGGUCAAGGCACUGAUUGCCGAGCACCAGUCCUUCAUGGAAGAAAUGACCAGGAAGCAGCCGGACGUGGACCGGGUCACGAAAACCUACAAGAGAAAAGCCACUGAGCCACCCCACGGCCCUUUCAUCGAGAAGUCCCGCAGCAGUCGAAAGCCCCCGAGCCAGGCGGCCCCUCCCCCCAUGCCUGUCCUCUCCCAGUCGGAAGCAAAGAACCCACGCAUCAACCAGCUGUCUGCGCGCUGGCAGCAGGUUUGGCUGCUGGCACUGGAGCGGCAACGCAAGCUCAACGAUGCCCUGGAUAGGCUGGAAGAGUUAAAGGAGUUUGCAAACUUUGACUUUGACGUGUGGAGGAAGAAGUACAUGCGCUGGAUGAACCACAAGAAAUCACGAGUGAUGGACUUUUUCCGGAGGAUCGACAAAGACCAGGACGGCAAAAUUACCCGGCAGGAGUUCAUUGAUGGGAUCUUGGCCUCCAAAUUCCCCACCACGAAGCUGGAGAUGACUGCGGUUGCCGACAUCUUUGACCGUGACGGGGAUGGUUACAUUGACUACUACGAAUUCGUUGCCGCUCUGCACCCCAACAAGGAUGCUUACCGGCCAACCACGGACGCAGACAAAAUUGAGGAUGAGGUGACACGGCAAGUGGCACAGUGUAAAUGCGCCAAGAGGUUCCAGGUGGAGCAGAUCGGGGAGAACAAGUACCGGUUCUUCCUCGGCAACCAGUUUGGUGAUUCGCAGCAGUUGCGCCUGGUCCGUAUUCUGCGCAGCACAGUCAUGGUCCGUGUUGGUGGAGGAUGGAUGGCCCUGGAUGAGUUUUUAGUGAAAAACGAUCCUUGCAGAGUUCACCACCCUGGAAGUAAAAUAAAACGCUCUGAUUCCAGCUCCUCGAUUGCCAGUCAGUCUCCGAUAGCGAGAGGAAGAACGAACCUCGAGCUCCGAGAGAAAUUCAUCCUCCCCGAGGGGGCUUCUCAGGGAAUGGCACCGUUCCGCUCCAGGGGCCGCAGGUCCAAGCCUUCCUCGCGGGCGGCCUCCCCCACCCGGUCGAGCUCCAGCGCCAGCCAGAGCAACCACAGCUGCGCUUCCAUGCCGUCCUCGCCAGCCACGCCGGCAAGCGGGACCAAGACUCUGCAUCACUUCACCCGUUGUUAUGACAAGCCCUGGCUGGUAAACAGCAAGGCAGGUUCCCCCUUGAGGGGCCACGGUAGUGCUGAUCUCCACCUGCCCGCUCCGGAGGUCACACCAUCCUCGAGCAGCAAGCUGAAGCGCCCCACGUUGCAUUCGAGCCGCACGUCCCUUGCGGAUACCAGCACCAGCUCUUCGCCUGCUUCUUCGGGUGCCAAAACCAAUCGGGCCGAUCCCAAGAAAACAGCCAGUCGUCCUACGAGCCGGGCCGGGAGCCGGGCGGGGAGCCGAGCCAGCAGCCGGCGGGGCAGUGACGCCUCGGACUUCGACCUUCUGGAAACGCAGUCGGCCUGCUCAGACACCUCUGAAAGCAGCGCAACUGGGGGGCAGAGCACGUCCCGAAGGGGCAUGGCGAAGCCCUCCAAGAUCCCCACCAUGUCCAAGAAGGCGAGCCCUGCCCCCUCCAAGACGCCAGGCCCCAAAAGAUAAUUCCACAUCCACAUCCACUCAAGGAAAACUUGUGUCCCGGUUUUAAUCCUGCUUCAUACAUUGGAUGUAUAUUUAUUCUACAUGGGAGAAAUUAUAUUGUUAAAAGUGUAAAAGAAUAACUGUGUUAUGAAGCUGCCUUAUUUUGUUGUUAUUUUUUUGUAAGUUACUAUUUUCAUGUGAAUAUUUAUGUAGAUAAAACUUGCCUUCUGGUGACCUUCUUUGCGUUGGAGGCCCCAGAGGGGGAAUGAAAUGUGGGAGAAAACAGAAGCAAGCAAAAGGUCAAGAUGUGAAAAUGUAAAAACAAAACAAGAAAACAAAAAAAAUAUAUAAAUAGGAUUUCUGUGCAGUGCAGGAGACAAUCCUGCUUUAUCUUUUAGGAUUGUUUCCUAAAUGCAUCUUUAUAAAACAUAACUUGCUGUCUCAGCGAGGUAAAUUAUAUUUAAAAGCAACACCUGAAUAUCCAGCAGUGUUCAAGGAUCUUUUUUUCCUUUUUUGUGUAAAUCAUGGAUACCUCAAUAAGAGAGAAACCUGCAUUACGGGGAAUCUGGGGCUUUUGUUUCCAGUUUUUUAAAAGAAAUCAUUGUGGUUUUACUGGAGGAUAAAAGGUGAAGUGACUUUGAAUUAGUAAAUAAAAUUUGCACAUGCUUCAUUCAGAUAAAAGUGUUCACUAAAAAUGCUGCGUUUAGCAAGGCAGGAGCCCUGCCAGCUGCUGGGCUUUUAACGAACAAGGAAUGCGGUGCUUCCCAGGGUGACCAUGCCUUGCUGCUGGCAUGGAAGAGUCUUGGGAGGGGGGACACACGUGACGCCUCCUUUGAGCAGGAGGUCAAAGGGGGGCUUCUCCAGCUUGGUUUUCCUCCCCAGCCACUGCUCAAAAAACAAAACCAGAAAGUGAGAUCAGUUCUCAGUUCACGAACUGCUAUUUAACUGCAUCAUUUCCUAUUUAUUAUUUCAACUGGUUAAUGCCACUUCUGGCCAGCCUGACUGGUGGGAGACGCUGCACACUGGAAAAGAAAAGCUGCCGUCGACACGCACAGUUGCUUGCUCGGAAUACAAACGUGAAGCACCAGCAGCCCGUGUGUGUGUGUGUGUGUGUGUGUGUGUGUGUGUGUGUGUGUGUGAGUGUGUGAGUGUGUGUGCGUGUGCUGCCCCCCCCCCCCGCUCACUGUUCUGUGCCCCCGCUUUUCCCUUUAUGGAAGGAAGAGACCGAACCGAAGCUGGCGAGGGGACGGGUGGUGAAGAAGAUCGCUGGGGCAACCGCGUCUUCCUGCCACAUGCGCCCGUUCCCUGCCUGGACUGACCAUAUUGCUGUGUGAUUCUCUCAGCUGGUUUAAAUGAGCCAGAUCCUGAAGCUCUACCAAUGAAUUGUUAAAAAAGCAGAAGACUUUUUGUAUUAAAAUUGCUUGCAGUAAUAAUAAAAAGGAAACUUGCCUCUAAUUUUAUGCUGCACGGGCAACCAUUGAAUUAGAGAGGAGAGGAUGCAUGGUCCGUGCUUCCCUCCUCCAGGGCCUGCUCCUCCCUCAGAAAAGCGAGCCCCAUUCUUCCUCCACGGUUACAUGCUCCAAAACCACCCCAUGGCGAAGUGGAGCGCCCACGGGCAAGCACAGGCAACUAGCAGGUGGCCAACCGUCUUCUCACCAAGGGAGGUCCUCUGCUUGCUCCUGGCUUUUGCGCAACCUGUCGCGCCUGCUGCUCUCAGUCCCUUUUGAAGCAGGCCAGCUUCAGAAGGACGAGCCAGACGGCUCUCGAUGACUACUAGUUGUGCUGGCUCUGCGGAACCCCCAUGGCCAGGGACAGUGUACCUCUCAGUACCAGGCAUGGGAGAGGGCGGUGUCCGCUUGCCUCGUGAGCCACCUUGGCUGCCUGCCUGGCCGAAGAGGAGGCCGGACUCGACUCGCUGGUCCAGUCCAGCAGGGCCCCUCUGACUGCGAUGCCCCAGCCUCUUCGUUGUGCACCGGCGCCUUUGGGCAGUGCGUUGCUCUACCCUACUUCGUCUGCCAAGGCGGCCUUCCUCUGUGCCAUCUUGAGAUGGGCUUUGUGCCACUUCCUGCUCAAGCACUUCCUACAACCCCCUUUAAUUUUUUUUUUACUCUCUAGACUUGAGAAGUUUUGUACAACUCAAAUUUGCAUCCUAUAUUGUGAACAUAACUUUGGUUGCUCCUAAUAAAGGUGUUUUACAACA